UGAAGACCAAACGACGAUGCAAAUGUGCUCGACUGUAAGAUCAACCAUUGUAAAUGGGGGCGAAGAUGUUCAACUCGCAAUCGAAAGUGGUGCUGCAAACGUGCCUAAAUGCGAGUGCGGAGGUGAAGAUCCGUGCAGUAAUUCAAUCAUUUACCUGACGGGGGAUGCUAUACAAGCUACAUGCAUCUGCACUAAGCCGCCACCGGUUUGCGACGAGGCCUGUGGAAAAAUUGAGGACGAACCAGAAAGCGAUUCCGAAAUGUCAGAUUUAUAUAGGUUUAUCAUUUUAAACAAAAUGCCGUCGAAUUACGACGAUCAGAUGAACAUCCUAAAGACAGCACUUCGUAUAAUGGCGGACGAUGGGUUUCCCCUAGCAAAAUUGCCCGACAGUUGGAGUUUGCCGAUCUUCAGGUUGUGGAUGGACAUGCGGUGUCGCAGAUAUUGGACACAAGAGGACCGUUUAACUUUUUAUGAGGAAAGUAUGCGCCAUUGGAACCACUUGAUUUACUGCGAUAGAAGCAUUACGGCAGGAGCUAGAUUGGACAUGUCUACACAAAAAGCAAGGCAGUACACUUGGGCGCACGCUUAUAGUGUCCGGAAAAUUGCCGCUACCAAGGAGAAUAUUUACUAUCGUCAAGUGAAACAGGUGGCAAUCAACGAAGCUCGGGAGUUUUUUCCUUCUACUUUUUCGUACGAGUUGCCCACCCCUAAUUUUCGAGAUUGUUUUUUUGCUUAUGCUCCUGCUAAAGAAGACGAUUGCACUUAUUUUAGGCCUUGGUUUUCUCAUGAAUUUAAAAAGAAAUAAUCAAAAUGUUUGGUU